UGCUGAUCCAGACGUGCUUGAUGUAUUAACAAUUAGAUCUGCAAAAUUAAUAUUUCCACGUAACCAUUUCUCUUCAUUCCUUAAAAAUGCAUGGUAUGUGCGUUUAUUUAACUUCCACUUGCUAACUAACUGAGAACACAAGGAUUUAACACUUUUCUUGAUUAAAUCUACACUAUUUUGUUCAGAUAUUUCCCCCAAAACAUUUAAAAUGUACUUCAAAACAUUUUCCCGUCUUUUCGAUAAAUCUUCCUCGUGUCUCCAAAUCUCAAAGAGAUCUCUUCGAGAAAUAAUCCAUGCUACAAUAGAUUAAAUAAUGAUUACUUGAUAUUUUUGAAAUACUAUACGACUUUUGGGUAUAUAUUACUACAAUACAUGAUACAUUCUACAGUACUGUAUAUAUGUACGAUUAUAUAGAAUAUACAAAAUAUAAUAUAAUAUGUAUAGAAUAUACAUGUGUAAACUUACCGUUGGUACCCAUGAUAUUUAUAAAAAUAGGAUAAUAAAAACAAAAAGAAAAAACUUUAUAAUAAUGAAAACGAGAAACCACACAAGAGAAUAUUAUUGCACGCUGUUCACUGCUAGACUGAAAAAAUCCGUUAAAAAAUAUGAACGUAGACUGUAUGAAACUUGUCAUUGUUUAUUUCUUUAUAUAUACAAUUGAUAUUAUUGGAAUACACAUGUAUACAUAUACAUUGUCAAACGUGCUCCUAUUCCCUAAAUGCAAGUGGCGAGCGUUCCGCUGAGGUUCAUGUGUUUCACGGAGCAACCACACCGCUUAAUAAAAAUUGAAAUAUUUUUACGUACGGCACCUCUCGGCACCUAAAAUUGAUAAGAUCUUGUAGCUAAUGAAUCAUAGAAUACAUUACUACAACAAAUAAUACCAACCAGCAUCAACCGCAUUUUGUAGAUCUACGUAAAUUCAUUUUCUUUUAACGGUAUAGAAAUUAUUUUCAUAAAAGUAAGACAGUAAAAAAUAAAUUUAUUGAAAAAUAAUAAAACAUUCUAUUAUUACAUCUGAAAAUACAGUCUUUUGUGAAUAAUAUUUGACAAAAAAUACAACAUUAUUCGAUUAAUAGACUUUAACACACAACAUUUCUUGUAAUACAUAAUUUAGGCUUACGUCAGCCUAUAAAAUAGACCUAUAGAAUCGCUAACUUUGGAUAGGUGUCACGGUCAUUAUACUUCGUGAAAUUAAUUUAUAAGCGUAAUUUUCCUGGUUCUAGACCUUUUUCAACAACCUCUAGUGAAAAUUACAAAAUUCUGUGAUAGUCACUAAAAUGACUUUUGUCCAGCUAGAUUGGCGAUCCGUGACACUGUGCGACGGUGGAAAAUAUGAAAAAUCUGGGUGCAGCUAAAAUAACCAAAGGAGUGGUUAAAUCUCGCUUGGAGCUCUUGGAAAGAAACUGGAAUACAUUUUCCGAGACGCACGAUCAACUCCUUGACGCGUUUGCAGCAACCGAAAAGGACAGUCCGUAUUUCAAAAAGGACUACAUGGGCGCUGGCGAAGAGGCGUACGUUCAACAAAAGGCAAUAUUGCUGGAUCAAUUGAAGGAAAAGCUAGCCGAAAACUCUGCAGGUAAGACCGAAUCAUCUCAUGGAACUUCAACUCUCCGGUCUUUACCUAAAAUCACGCUGCCUAGCUUUUCCGGUGAUUACAACAGCUGGUCGAACUUUCGCGAUCUAUUUCAAUCUUUAAUCAUUGAUAAUGACGCUCUCUCUCUCGUCGAAAAGCUACAUUAUCUGAAAAUAAGCUUAUCUGGUGAGCCAGCUCAAUUACUGCAAAAUAUACCGAUGACCGGUGAUAACUUUGAACGGGCUUGGAACUCAAUUACGCAACGCUAUCAAAACUUACGAGUCCUGAUUACCUCUCAACUGGCAUCCAUAACGGCACUUCCUCCGAUGAAAAGAGAAUCGUCGCGAGACCUGAAAGAACUUCUUCACGGCACAACGGACGCCGUCCAAGCUCUGGAGGCCAUGAAGCGACCAGUCCAACACUGGGAUGACUGGCUCGUCUUCAUAACCGCCGAAAAACUGGAUUCCAAAACAAGAAUGGGAUGGGAAACAGCCAUUGGAUCAACAUUAGAUCCUCCAACGCUUGCACAAUUAACGACGUUUCUCACCUCAAAACUGCGAGCCUUGGAAGCUGUGGAAGGAGCAUCCGGUUCAUCAGCAACGACUACGAACCCAAUCGAAGCUCAGAAGCAAGGGAAGAGGACGUCCGUCAACUCCACGCUUCGUCUCAAGGCGCACGCGACGCACACCGCUGGAGAAGGAUCUCGAAAGUGCCUCAUUUGUCAAAAGGACCACUUCAUUCUGUUUUGCCCGACCUUCAAGGGGAUGAAUCCGCGUGAGAGAAAGCAACUGGUAACAGAAAAGCGACUGUGUUAUAAUUGUUUGGUUCCACACUCUUCACAAGCUUGUAAGUCUACUAAGCGGUGCCAAGUUUGCGUUGGUAAGCAUCAUACCUCUCUUCAUUCUACUUUUGAACAAUCUUCUGCUGCUCGCUCUUCUCUUUCCAAACAGGUGCCAGACUCGAGUCGCGAGACGAUCGACGAUCCGCAACAGGAGCCAUCCGCUUCAAUUUUUGAAAAGGUUACACAUUGCGCAAUGACUUCCUGCUCCGUAACCUCCGCUGUAUCGGUCAUACUUGCUACCGCGGAACUAAUGCUAGUGUCCGACCAGGGAAGGAGAGUGGUAGUGAGAGCUUUAAUCGAUCCUUGCUCAGAGGUUUCUUUGAUGGAGGAGAGCGUGGCUCAGAUUCUAAAUCUAAAGCGGGUACUUGAUAAAAUUCCGGUUAUUGGCGUCGGAAAGACGCAAACUUACACGAAAGUGUUUCAUGCGAGAAUCGGAUCUGGUUAAGACGCUUACUCGCUUUUGGAAAAUUGAGGAAAUUCCCUCAAAAUCUAAUCUGUUAACCGAGGAGGAAAAAAUGUGUGAGGAUCACUUUGUAAA